CGAUUGGAUCAGCAUAGUGUUUAGCACAACAUUAGUUAGUUGUUAAAACAGUGAUAUGAAAACAGUGUAUUGUAGAGGCGUGUCGGUGGUGGUGGUGUACAUGGUGGCGGCGGCGCUGGUCUCCGCGCAGAUCACCUUCAGCCGCGACUGGACCGGGGGCAAGCGGGCUGCCCCACAAAUCGCGCUCGACUGCGGACAGUUCACCAGGCUGUGCCGGCACUUUGUGCACGAGUUAAAGCAAGCGAUGUCGACUGACAUGUCAUCGAAACACCGCCGCGACGAACCGGACAAAGUGGCACCCAUAUACGAUGAUGAGAAAUAGUCCAACACUACCUUGGGGCUUAACACUAUCUUGUAGACAUUGUCAUGAUGAGGCUGAAUAUGUUUUCUAGCUUAUUAGCGAUUAUUUGAUAUUAAUGAAUCUAAAUUCAAAGAAAAUAUAAAGCUCUUUUUUAUGUUAGAUUAUAUCCGUUAUUAGAAUCAACUGACGAUAAAUAUUUUAUUAACUUAUAACUCUUAUUUAAUUAUCCGUAACGUAUCAUAAGCUUAGGAUGAAGUUGGGAUAAUAUUUCUUAAUCCAUAGAGAUACGAUUGUCAUUGCAAUGUGACUGGCCAUAUUUAAAUUGGAACUUGACUGGCUGGAAAUAGUACUCCGAAUUCAAAGUGGCCAGUUACUUCUAUACCAUGCAUACAUUAUAAAAAAAAAAAAAAUUGUAAAAACGCGCAAAAAGUAUUGUCGUUUGCAAAUUUUAAAAACUUUCUUACUUUUUUUUGUGUUUCCAACAUCAUCAAUAUAUCAAAUGGCGCAAGUGUGUGUGUGCAUAUCUGCAAACAUAUUUAAACCGUCCCGAGAAUAAGAUCUUUAUUGUCACAGAUAAUAUAAUUUAUUGUUCUACUAAUUAUUAAUUAUUGAGUCAUUUCACAUCUGAGCUCAAUACUUCUUACAUAUUUUUUUUACAGUUGCUCUAUUUGUAAACGGUAUGUCAAUCUUAAUCUAUGUUUGCAUAGUUCGAUGUAAAUAUACAGAUAUGCACUUGGGGUCGGUUAUAUUAACAAAACGCUUAAAAUAUAAUUUCCUUAAUUGUAACGAACAGUGUUUUUAUUCUAGUCGUGACUGUAAUGUAAAUAUAAUAAAUAUUUUAUGAUUUAAGUCAAUGAAAACUCUAUUGAGUAUAAAUCUACACUUAGCUUACACUAGCCAUAUUUUUUUUAUACCUACAUCAUUAAUUGUAAACCAACAUUAUACAUAUUUAAUAUAUAACAUAGGUUUACAACUCAGGUUUAUAAUUUAUAUUUUGGUCCUAUUGUAAUAAUUUAUUUGCAAAACUAAUACAAUUGUAAGAACUUAUAGCUCUAUACUUAACUGUAUUAGAUGUACUCUUAGUCGAUAUAGUAAGAUAAAAUAGUAAAUAGUAUAGAACUGUUAAUUCUUAUGCACCGGUAUUAUUAACUUUUAUUAUUAAAUGUUAUGAAUAUAUUUUAUUAAAAAUAUUUAAAUUUGUGGAAAUUAUCAAUUAAUAUUUUAGGCACACUAUUAUUUUUUUCGGCUGGUAUUUAAUAUGGCAGAAUUAAUUAAGUUCACCACUACGUGGGCAGUCGAUUAUUUCUAUAAAUGUAUUUUGUUAUUAAAACUAUUUUUUAUUUACCUAUUUGGAAUAAAGAUUCAUCAUUGCCGUGGUGCAUCAGAAUUGAGCAAAUAAUAUAAAAGUCCUAAGUACAAUUUCUUGUAUGAUGUCAUUUGGUGUAACUAACAAUUGAAUGCGCGACAAACUUAUGAUAUAUCUCGCCCAAGAGAUUCUGACGUUGUGAAUAAAAAUAUUAUAUAGUAACGAACUAAAGUCAAUGCAAAUAAAGCAGAUUUAA